AUGUCAACAACCGUCGACCCCAACUUGCGAAUCCUCGAGCCGGAAGGGCUGCCGCUAGCCAUCAUCAUCAUCUCGUCCAUAUUCCUCGUCAUCUCGGUACUAUGCGUUGGAGUACGCACUCGCGUGCGUCUGGUUGAGGGCACGUUCGGUCUGGACGACGGCCUCAUGCUAGCAGGAACUAUCGUGUAUGUGGUGGUUGUAGCGCUCGCGAUUUAUGGAUGCCUCGUCGGACUAGGAACAUUGCAGGAGAAGUUGAACAUGUGGAUGUUUUCGGAAGCUCUCAAGAUCUACAUCGUCUGGAUCUUGAUUUACGUUAUCGCCCUCGCUCUCGUCAAGUCCUCCGUCUGCCUCACCAUUCAACGCAUCAUCACGACCGAUAAGGGCCUUCGUAUUGCUGUUUGGGUUUUGCUCGGUGUCACGUGGGCAUCUUUCUUGAUCACCUUUAUCGGAACGCUGCUCUACUGCCACCCGGUCAACGCCCUGUGGACGCCAGCGAUGAUACUCAGUGGUGAAGGAACUUGCGGGUCUGUCGAGGUCUUCGUUGCCAUCGGCCAUGUUGCAACGAGCUCAACCAUUGUGACGGAUCUGGCUUUGGUUGUAGUACCUGCCAUUAUUUUAUGGGGAACCCAGAUGAAGACGCAGACCAAGCUGCAAGUCUUUGGUCUGCUGUCCUUUGCUUCUGUAGCAUCCAUUAUCACCAUGGUCCGCAUCCCCUACGUCAACAGGUUCAAGGCACAGCAGGACCUUCAAUGUUCGCUGUAUCAUGAAACUUACAACGAGAUAGUCUGGGUCGCCCAUACAGUACUCUGCUCCAACAUUGAGACUGGCAUCGGCUGCAUAGCCUCAUCCGUACCCUCGCUACGUCGUUUCAUCGCGCGAAGCCGCGGCACGACGGAAAGCACGAACCCGAGUGGAAGUGGGACAAAGACGGGGCUCUUCACAAUUGGAAGCAAGCCUCUCGAGCCGCGAAGCCGCGAUCGAUUCCGCAACCCAACCGACGUGGGUUUCAGCUUGGCGACGGUUCACGGCAGGGGCGACGAGACGUGGGAACGUCUCCAGGACGGUGAUUCGGAUAAGGGAGACCUGCUGCCGAGCGACCAGAAGGCUGGCAUACAUGCGCAGUACACAUAUCAGGUCGACAUUGAAAUGUCACCAGGCAUGAGGAAUACUACGGGCCGGCCUGGAGACGUUCCCAUGUCUCGCUGA